GCCGAUGUUCCGAGCUGGACUUGUUAGGGAAGCUGUGAGGGAGUCCCUGGCAGACAUGCCAGUCGCUCUGGAGUCCUUGCUUGGCGACGUAGACGCCGACGCAGCUGCCGCCACUUUUGCCCUCGCGUCCGCGCAGACCACGCACCGACCCAACGGGCCAAACAUCAUCCUUGCGUGCCUACGCGCCGCGCAAACUGACGCCAUCUCUGAGACCGUGGCCGCCGACCGCAAGCAA